AUGGCUCCUCGGUACACCAUCUUACUGCCAACGUACAACGAAAGUGAGAAUCUUCCGAUUUGCAUAUGGCUUCUUGAGAAAUACUUGGUGGGCAUCAGUUACGAGGUUGGUGUGAUCGAUGAUGCCAGUCCAGAUGGUACACAGCAGGUUGCGGAACGUUUGCAAAAGGAGUACGGUGAAGACAAAAUUGUCCUGAAACCUCGCGAAGGAAAGCUUGGCUUGGGUACCGCCUACAUCCAUGGCCUGAAAUAUGCACGAGGAGAGUUUAUUAUUCUGAUGGACGCCGAUCUGUCUCACCAUCCAAAAUUCAUUCCUGAAAUGAUCAAAUUGCAGGAGAAAGAAAACCUGGAUAUUGUGACAGGAACGCGUUAUGCACUUGGAGGAGGAGUUUGUGGUUGGGAUGUGAAGAGAAAGACAAUAAGCAAAGGUGCAAAUUUCUUAGCUCAGUUCCUGCUCAAUCCUGGCGUUUCCGACUUGACCGGCUCAUUCCGAUUGUACCGCAAAGAGGUGCUUGCAAAGCUUAUACACGAUAGUGUCAGCAAAGGAUAUGUCUUCCAGAUGGAAAUGAUGUUCCGAGCAAGUAAAGCUGGUUACAACAUCGGUGAGGUACCCAUAACUUUUGUGGAUCGCUUCUUUGGCGAGUCUAAACUAGGCAGCCAAGAAAUUAUUGGUUACGUGAAGGGGUUAUUAUAUCUGUUUUUCUGUGUUAACUAACGUUUUUGUUGUUUUCUUGCAACAGUCGUGCUUUAAGCAUUUGUUUUUGUUGUAUCUGCAAUUCCUUUUUUUGUCUCUGAGAUAUUGUAUCGUGCAAGUGUUUACGUGUCGUUUGCAGAUGUGAU